GCAUUUUUUUUACCAAGCAUUUUCCUUUUCUUUCUUUUUCUUGCGAAAUUAGAUAUGGAGCCAUACAAAUGACCCAGUAUUGUGAAAGUCACAGCCAUCAUCACUGUAGCAAUAAAAACCGUCGUUACCUACGCCAAAUUCACAGACUCAUACAUUUUGAAUCAACGGGGGUAUCUGAAAUGACGAGGCAGAAUAGUCGAUUAUUUCUACCUGCGGGCAGUGUUGCCAGAUCCGGGCAGAUUUCCCGCCCAAUCUGGCAACACUACCUGCGGGUAAUAACCAGAACCAUAGAGGGGCCGACAGGUGUAUCCGUUGCCUGCGUUGCCGCCCUCGGCUCGUCACGCUGCACUCCCUCCCUAACUUUGUUUUAAAAUGGCGGCGGCUGGAGCACCGAGACAGCUGCGGCGAUAAGGCGCCACAGCAGCGGCGGUGAAGGCGGAUUGAUCGGCGGCGCGUCGUCAUGAGCCGACCCGGCGCGUCAGCGGUAGCAGCCCACCUGUAGCACCCCUGGCAUGGCGCACCCGACGGAGGGUACCAAGGACCCGCAGGAGAGCCCGAGUGGUGUUUCCGAUGCCCCCAUCAUGGAGAAUGGCUCUGCGCUUAAGGACCGUCACCAUGACGACCCCCAGCACCACCACCACCACCACCACCCCCCCUGCCCCUCCGGGACGGACGCCAGCCCCUGCAGCAGCAGCAGCAGCCGCUCCCUGCCCAGCUACCAGCCCUCCCCCUCCUCCGUGCCCCCCUCCCCCACCCCCAUCUACUACAGCAGCCCCCGGCGCCUGAGCCUGGCCGACCCCGACCCCGGCGGGGACCGCCACAGCCUGGCCUCCCAGGACUCGGGGCUCCCCACCCUGGAGGUCAGCCACCCCGAGGCCCACACGUGGCCCUUCGGCUUGCCGCCGCUCCCCGCCGCCGCCACCGACGACUCCCCCGCCACGCUGCCCCUCCACCCGCCCUCCAACGGCGCGGUGCGCAAGUCGUCCACGUUCCCCCGCGGUUGCUACGACGCCGCGGCGCGGGCGGGGCGCGCCGGGCCGCCCAGCGACGGCGGCUCGGUGUGCAGCGCGUCCAGCAUGAGCACGGAGCGCUCCGUCUCCAACGAUGACGCGCUGGACUUUGUGGUCGCCUCCGACUCCAGUGUCAUCGUUGCCCUGGAGACGGACGAGAGCUGUGGCAUUCGCCACGACGACGGGAGGGGCGGCGGCGGUGCGGGCGGCAGCAGCCAGUUCUCUGAAGUGUCGCUGUCCUCCCUGGGUGACUUGCCCAGGGAUGUCUGGAGCCCCAACAGGAGGGCAGGGCUCACGCUGGGAGAACCCAGGCAGACCAGACUCGCCCCGCUAGCCAACUUCUUUGCCAGGAGCUUGUUUACUAAGCGGGUGAAGGAGGAGCCGGCUGAGCAGAAGGAGGCCCCUGGAUGGAAUCUGUUUGGCAAGCAACCGCCGCGAGGAGGAGGAGGAGGAGGAGGAGGAGGAGGAGGAGGAGGAGGAGGAGGAACCAUCAUCUCUACCCGGGACACCCGCAGAUCCCAGCAGGAAUGUGAAACGGAGAGCAGCAGAGGAGGACCCGUCAGCCCCCCGUCCCCCCGGCAGAACGUCAGGAAGAGCCUGGCCUUCGAGCCCCUCUCCACCACCGCCCUCAUCCUAGAGGACAGACCCCCUAACCUGCCUGCCAAGCCAGCUGAGGAGGCCCUGAAGCACCGGCAGCAGUAUGAGGAGAUGGUGGCUCAGGCCAAGAAGAGGGAGCUGAAGGAGGCGCAGAAGCGGAGGAAGCAGCAGGAGCAGCGCUGUAAGCUGGAGGAGAGCAUCGGGACGGCGGUGCAGACCUGGAACCAGGACAUCCUGCCCAACUGGACCACCACGUGUACCACUCGGCGGGUGAGGGACCUGUGGUGGCAGGGCGUGCCCCCCAGCGUGCGGGGGAAGGUGUGGAGCCUCGCCGUGGGCAACGAGCUCAACAUCACCCACGAGCUGUACAACAUCUGCCUGGCCCGGGCCAAGGAGAAGUGGAAGUCCCUGCCCACACCCAGCUCCCACACAGAGCCUGAAGACCUGGGCUCGUCGGACCGGGAGUCCAGCCUGGAGCUGAUCAAGCUAGACAUCUCCAGAACCUUCCCUCACCUCUGCAUCUUCCAGCAGGGUGGGCCGUACCACGAUGUGCUCCACAGCGUCCUCGGAGCGUACACCUGUUACCGGCCAGACGUGGGCUAUGUGCAGGGCAUGUCGUUCAUCGCGGCGGUGCUCAUCCUGAACCUGGAGACGGCCGAUGCCUUCAUCGCCUUCUCCAACCUGCUCAACAAGCCCUGUCAGAUGGCCUUCUUCAGGGUGGACCACAGCCUGAUGUUGACCUACUUCGCGGCGUUUGAGGUGUUCUUUGAGGAGAACCUACCAAAGCUCUUUGCACAUUUCAAGAAGAACAGCCUGACCCCUGACAUUUACUUGAUAGACUGGAUCUUCACGCUGUACAGCAAGUCUCUGCCCCUGGACCUGGCGUGCCGCGUGUGGGACGUGUUCUGCCGGGACGGCGAGGAGUUCCUGUUCCGCACGGCGCUGGGGCUGCUGCACCGCUACCAGGACGCGCUGCAGGGCAUGGACUUCAUCCAGAUGGCCCAGCUGCUGACCCGGCUGCCCGACCUGGUGCCCGGGGAGCAGCUGUUCCAGCACAUCGCCGCCGUGCACAUGACCUGCCGCGCCGGGAAGUGGCCGCAGGUCCUGCAGACCCUCCAGAAGGACCAGGAGCGGUCCAGCCCCGUCCUGAGGCGCUGACCCCCCCCAGGCCCGCGCUCCGCUCACUUUGUUCCCGCUCCUGCACUCUCUAAAGGGACUUGACCCGCCUGCUCUGUCCCACCGCCGGGGGGGGGGGGCGCUGCUGCCCGACCACCAGCCCCGCCCACUGACUCGCGAGGGACAAGGGCCCGGACCCCCCCCCCCCCCAGUGGGACCCUAGGAGCCCAGAGCUGGGCUGGACUAGACCGGGCUGGGUGGGGCUGGGGGGGGACCUACGGGGUGCUGAGCCGUUGGUUUGCGGCUGGGGUGCUGUGAGGGAGGGUGGGGGGCUUGGAUCCCGCCGGCCCACUGGGCGAGCCGAGGUCUGGUGGCGGAGGCCCCCCUGUCUCUGGACCCCUCCCCCGGGUGGAAAGGGCACCCUGAAUGUAUCGUGCCCUCUCCCACAUCCCCCACUGGAGGAACCUCCCUCCUCAGCCCCGGAGACCAAGAACUCAAGCAGAACCCUUCCAGCGGUCCUCCUUAUUGAUCUACCACCCCCCCCCCCCCCCCCUACUCUCUGCUUACAUAUCUCUGUCUGUCUCUGUCUCUGUCUCUCUGCCUCGGUCUGUCUCGGUGUUUGGUAGAUAAUAUAACAUGAGGAAGGGCAGUGCGGUGCGAUUGCACUUGUGGCUGGAGCUCUGCAGACGCUGAGCGUGUUGCACGCGGGUGAGAUGGAGGAGAUGAAGAAUUCCUCUGUAUCUCGCUCUUGGUCUCUCUCUAUUUCUCUCUUGAUCCCUCGCUCUCUCCCAGCUCCUCCCUAAAUUCUGUGUUUCUCUUCAAAUUGCUUCCAACUCCCUGUCUUCCCUGUUCUGUUGAACUGUUGUGUGUUUGGUUUGGUUUGUUGUGUGUCCUUUUUUGUUUUAUUUAUUAAUUUCUGCAUCCCUUUCCAUGAAGUUAAAGCGCUGGUCUUUUGGAACAGGCGGCUGCUAACUGUAUUUAUGAAGUUAAAACACAACAACGGAAGACUGUAGAUGAACAGAAGUACUUUGCUGUCACUUGACACCGAACCCCCCCUCCCGCCUCCUUCCCCCCCCUUGCUCGUUGAUAAUUUAAAUAUUUUAGUAACACGUGUUCCGUCAUUCCUUUCCCCAAAAAAGAAAUUAUGUCCGGUUUCUUUUUAAAAGAUGUAUUUGAGUUUAAGCAAACCACCAUCGGAUUAACCAGAUCCAUAUCAGCAGCCAUUACGACUGUGUUGUUCCCCUGUGUCUUUGGACGGUACAUUUCAGCUGUCCCGUAAGUCUCGGGUGUGUGUUGAGGGAUUUGGGUCGAUUUGAAACGUUCAAUGCCUUAAGACUGGGAAACGGAAUCGCUGGCAUUGGGAUGCGGUUUGCUCUGAAAACGGUUAUUCUAGAAAGGUCUAGAAGCCUUGGAACUUUUAGAAUGUAGGCCAUUUGUAAUACGUCUGUAUGUCGAACCCCCCGAUCCAGUCAUUCACCUAUUUCACACCGGGCGUGUUUGUGGUCUCAACGAGUGGUGCGUACAAUCAACCCUAGGCUUAGUGUUUUUGUCCAGUUAGGAUGUGGGAUUACUUUUUAAAGAUUUAAAUUGUACAGGUUGUGUUCUUGUCCAUGUUGCUCCCGAUCAGCCAGGGGUCAAAUAAUCGCCACAUUCCUUAGACAAUGAAUCCAUCUAAACUAAAAUAUAACGAUUAUGUGCUUCUAUAUUUAAGAUUGAGAUUAAUCGUUAACCUACAUUUCCGUCUUUCCGUUUAAACAAGUCACCAUUUGCGUUGACUUGACCAUGGAUCUUAAAUGAAAACUACCUAUCAUACAACAAAAAUGGCAGACAUACAAUUGUUAAUGUCGGUGUGUUUUACUCGACUGCAGAACUUUUAUCUUCGGAUUUGGCCGUGCCGAACUCGACACAGAAUGGUUUUAAGGUUUUAAUGAGUGACCCAUUUUUGUUUGUUUGUUUUAUGCUGCCGACCAACUAAGACGUAUUGUCUAUCUUACCUCAAGAGAAAAAUAAUUAGUUUUUAUUAUUUUGCACUCCUUCCCACCAGCGACCAUCAGUCCAUCCAACCUUUUGCACACCUGCCUAUUACAUUUGUGCCUCGCAAUCCACGAAAUGUCCCCGAUGAUGCAACUAUGUCAUCUUAAGUGUGUGUGUUUGUUUGUGUGCGCGCGUGUGUGUGUGUGUGUCCGUCUGUGAAAGUGUGUGUGAACAUGACAUAAUUUAAAGAGUCUCUCAUUGAUAUAGUGAGCUUGCUGUUUGGUUACUGAUUGCGACAAAAGGGGGCACUGAAAUUAAUCAAGCUAUUGAAUAAAUGUCCCAUGACUGAGCAGGCCUACUGCACAUGCUUGUCCCUACAGAACCAUCAACAUUCAAAGAACCUUGUAUUGCAGACAGGAAGUCCAGGGGCGGGACCUUCCAGUGCCCCUUAUUGUACCCCCACGCACUCUUGACAGGUGUGUGGAAACGACCACUUCAAGGCGUUUGUGGUCGUCUCAGAGAGUAGGCUUUCAUUGUGUGGUUUGUAUGGACGAUGACAACAAUGUUGGACCAUGUCCCACUUGAAGUGUAAUAUAGAACUGUUUUUAUUUAAUAAAGAGCUGUACAUAUUCGACAUUG